AUGGUGGCCUGCAACAACGCCAUCCCCAUGGACGUGUGUACCCUUCAGACUUGCUGCUUCGAGCAAGGAUUCCUCGACUACCCACCCAACCUGGCUGUCAGCGUCGCCUACCUGACCAUAUUUGCCCUCUUCAUGAUGAUCCAACUCGGCAUCGCCUUCUAUUAUCGCACAUGGGUGUUCGGCUUUGCGAUCUGGGGCGGCUUAGUGCUGGAGAUCAUUGGCUACGUUGGCCGCAUCCUCAUACGUUCAAACCCCUUCGACAUGAGCAUCUUCCUGACAUACUUUAUCCCUCUCGGUCUUGGUCCGGCUUUCUUGACUGCUGCCAUCUACAUCACACUCGGCCAUGUUGUCAUUGUGUUUGGCGAGCAAUACUCUCGCCUGAAGCCAAAGACUUACUCUCUCGUCUUUGUCUGCGUUGAUGUGUUCUCGCUCUGUAUUCAAGCAGUUGGCGGUGGUCUCACAGGCUCCGCAGACACGGAUAGUCAGCGCACGAUAGGAACGGACAUUCUUAUCGCUGGUUUGGCACUGCAAGCCUUCUCCCUUGGAUGCUUCAUCCUUCUAAGCGCCGACUUCAUGCUCAAGGUCAGAAAAGGAAACAAAGAGGAUCGCAACCCCAACUUCGCUCUGCUCAGAGCCAAGAAGACCUUUGCAGGAUUCCAGAUUGCCCUCCCUAUCGCUGCUUCCGUCAUCAUGAUCAGAUGCAUCUACCGCGUCAUCGAACUCUGCGAAGGCUUCGACGGCAAGCUCGCCAACGAAGAAGUCCCCUUCGACAUCCUAGAAGGACCAAUGAUAAUCAUCGCGACCCUGAUGCUCACGGUAUUCCAUCCUGGCAUUGUCUUCCGCGGUGGCUACUGGGAAGCCUCGUCGUGGGUCAUUCGCACAUCAAAACAGGGAAAUAGAAGAAUUGCGGCCUCGCCCGAGGCUUCUCACGAGGAAGCAGCACUCUCAGUUGAGAAGACUGCAGACUCUUUGACGCCAAUGUCGUCGGAUAUGGAGGAGCCUUUUGCUGCAGAGCCGGCGGCCAUCGAUAAGGAGUAG